GGUUACAAAAUACAGUCAUUACUUAAACAAAAAAAAGUAUAAUUACAGUACUUGCCUACGUAAUUCUUCUUUCACCGAAAUGUAUAAUUAUAUAUAUUACCACCAGAAAAUGCAUAUGCUAUGAAUUAAAGAAACAAACUCAAAAUAGAUGAUGAUCUCACAAUUGUACUUUCGUUUCAGUAUUGUGAAGAAAGCUUUUUCACUUUGACCACUUUGACUGAAUUUUAUCUUUGAAAUUUAAAGUGGUGAUGAUAACAUAUUCAACGACUCUACAAGACAGAGAGCAAAAUAGUACGAGAGGGAGAUAGAGAGUGAGAGAGACGAGCAAGUUGAAGGAGCAAAUCUUGUGGGUGAGAGCUUGAAUCAGAAAAUUUCUAACGAGAGAGAUGGCUAGUAACCCUGAUUUUCUUUGGUGCAAAGAAGAGAGGAAGCAGGAAAGCUUCGUCAAACUUCUUAAGCAUUUCGACAUGUCUUCAGAGAACACGCGAGCAAUUCCUUACGACUUUGUGAGAAACUUCUCUGACAAUGAGCUCUCCGGAAACAUGAAGAUAAGAGUGCAAUGGGGAAACUCUUGGAAAGUAAAAAUCUCCAAGAACCCGAGGUUCUACUUCAUGGAGAAGUCUGGAUGGGAGACGUUUGUGAGAGACAAUGCCUUGGGAGACUACGAGUUUCUUACCUUCACUCACAAAGGAAAGAUGAGCUUCACUGUGAACAUCUUCAACAAAGAUGGCAAGGAGAUGAUGCAACCUCCGCAAUCCAGAGCCUUUUUGGCUUCUUCUAGUCGUAUCAAAACAGAACAAGAUGUCAAGAGGGAAGAGGUGUUGGUGUCUUCUGACUCGAGUUCUCGUGGCCCGACAACAGCAGCUGUAUCUAAUGGUAAUGGAGAAGGCAUGUACAAAAGGAAGCUCAACUUUGGGAAGAAGAAAGCUGAGGAAACCCAAAAUUCCAAGAGGACUGAGAGAGUGGUUAGUAGGCAGAGAGUUUAUGCAGGCGCACCUUCCUCUUCUGUUGCAGAAUUCAACAUCUUUAUCUCGAAAUCAUACAUAAAAUCCCUGGCGAUCCCGACAACUUUUGCAAAUGAUUAUAUGCCGAAGGAGAAAACAAUGGUCAAGAUCCAUCAUCCAGAUGGGAAGAAGUCAUGGAAUGUUGCUUUUGUGGUAAAAAAGAAGGGUCACAUUUUCUCUGGUGGAUGGAAAUGUUUGUGUAGGGAGUAUCCUGUUGUUUUUGGGGACACUUGCAAAUUCACACUCAUCAAACCAUACGAGCUGCUUCUAGCUGUGUCAAGGCCCUAAGAGAGGAGACUCACUGAUGAUGAUGGCUGUGAGUGUUGUCUUGGAGAACAAGCAACUGAAUUAAACUACUCUUAGUUCAGUUUUAGUUUGGUAUGUAAACUAUUCUGUAGCUUUCAUAUGUUUAGGACCAAUUUCAGUUUGUUUGGUGUUUCCGUGAGACCUUAAUUUGCUUUCUCUUAGUUAUUAUAUUCAGCAA